AAAAAUCUAUUGGAAAGAAUUGAUCACAAUUUGAAACAUAAGGACUCAUCCAAUGGCAGUAACCUUAAGGACGACCUCAAGACACUGCUAACUGUCCUCCAAUGUCCAGUGUUUGCCAGUAUUAUUGCUAUACAAGAAUCGAUAGAUGAGCUCAAAGAGCAACUGUUAAGACACCCGUCGAUACUUCCGGUCGACUUUGACAUCUCUCCGCUGACGGGUCAGCUCAUGCUAACCGUGCCCUCAGACACAAACAACUUGAUUGCUGCCAAUGAGGACUCAUAUGAGCCGAGCUCUGAUCCCGAACAGAGCUAUGAGUUUGAUUGUCGACCAGAACUGGUUGUCCGUCAAAACAAUCACUUGAACGAGAUGUGUGUUCAGCCCGAACCCGAUUAUGUCAAUAUAUCCGCUCAGUUGGGUCGGGUGUCAUAUCCGGCGUAUUCGCUGUCAACGAUGGGCACCGAUAACGCCGAA